CAAAAAUCGUACAUUUUCUAAACCCUAGAAACCCAAGAUGGCCUUUAACAUCUCACAGAUUCUUCUGACAGUGAUGUACUCAUCUCUCCUAGUACUUCCGUUCUCCUAUGCCCAAAACUCGCAAGCAGACUUCCUGAAUGGUCAUAACAACGCUCGGAAACUAGUCAAGGUGGCGAACGUGACCUGGGACAACACCGUGGCAGCCUAUGCCCUCAACUAUGCCAACCAGAGGGUCGGGGACUGCAGUCUGACGCACUCGAAGGGGCCCUACGGAGAGAACCUUGCCAAGGGCACCGGCUCAUUCAGCGGGGCUGCCGCAGUCAAUUUGUGGGUGGCGGAGAAGCAGUACUAUGAUUACAAUUCCAAUUCUUGCAUUGGUGGUAAAGAGUGCAAGCACUACACCCAGGUGGUCUGGUAUGACUCGCUCCACAUUGGGUGUGCCAGGGUGCAGUGUAAUAACGGGUGGUGGUUUGUCACAUGCAAUUACGACGGUCCAGGCAACUGGGUUGGCGAGUGGCCUUACUAAGGAAAUUUAAUAAAGACUAAUUGAAUUGAUCACGUAACGAGAUCAUUCAAGAAUUGAAAUCUAUUUAAUAUUUCAGUUCAAUGAUAAAUAUAUAAAAUAAAUAAUAAAAUAAACAUAAGGAUGCAUGCUCUCACCUAUAUAUGCGAGAAUUCUCUAGGCACCUUGUGCAUGAUCUUGUAUUCUGUUUCUUGGUUUGCUAGUUGUACAAUUUAUAUAUAUAUAUUAAUGAACUCGUAUGGAUGGAGUGAUACGCUUAUAACUUCGUCUUUAUUUGCU